AUCGUUAAUCAGCGCCUCCAGCAUCGCCCAUCACCUCCUGCACUGCACCCUUCCUCUCGUCUCACAGCGGUGCUGAUCGGCGCGGACCUCUGGGUGGAAGUGAGGCUACUGCUGCUACUGCUGCAUCUGCUGCUGCCGCUACUGCUGCUGCUACUGCUGCCGCUACUGCCUCUGCUGCGGACGGAGACGAACAACGGAGAUGGGAGACGGCGGAAACCGUGUCUUCAAGAAAACGAGCCCCAAUGGCAAGAUCACGCUUUACCUGGGCAAGCGCGACUACGUCGACCACGUUGAUCACGUGGACCCCAUAGAUGGGAUCGUCAUCCUUGAUCCGGAGUAUCUUAAGGAACGCAAAGCCUACGUGCAGAUGACGUGCGCGUUCCGCUACGGACGCGACGACCUGGACGUGCUGGACAUGACGUUCCGCAAGGAAAUCUACGUGAGCACCAUGCAGGUGUUCCCGCCGCUGCCCGAGGACAAGAAGCCGCUCACUCAGCUGCAGGAGCGACUCGUGAAGAAGACCGGCGACAACAGCUUCCCGUUCGUAUUCGAGCUUCCACAAAAUCUACCGUGCUCCAUCACUCUCCAGCCGGGACCGGAUGACGCUGGCAAGCAAGCCUGCGGCGUGGACUUCGAGGUGAAGGCGUUUUGUGCCGAGAAUCUGGAGGAAAAGAUUCACAAAAGGAACUCCGUGCGACUGCUAAUCCGCAAGGUGCAGUUCGCUCCCGAGCGCUCCGUGCCUCCGCCCAGGGCGGAGACGACGCGCCAGUUCCUCAUGUCGGACAAGCCGCUCCAGCUGGAGGCCUCCCUCAACAAGGAGCUCUACUACCACGGCGAGCCCAUCGAGGUAACGGUGAAUAUCAACAACAGCUCGAGCAAGCACGUGAAGAAGGUGCGGCUAUCGGUGGAGCAGAUCACAGACAUCGUCUUGUACUCCCAGGACAAGUACGCAAAGAGUGUCUGCGUGGAGGAGCCCACGGACACGGUGGGGCCGGCUAGCACCUACUCCAAGGUGUACAGCAUCGUGCCCACGAUGGGCGUGAACGUUCGAGAGAAGAGAGGAGUGGCGCUUGAUGGGAAACUGAAACACGAGGACACCAACCUCGCCUCCACCACCAUGUUGGUGGAGGGCAUGGACAAGGAGAUGCUGGGCAUGCUUGUCAGCUACCAGAUCCGAGUGAUGCUCACCGUGGGACGAGGAGGAAUCUUGGGAGACCUGGCUGCCAGUGAGGUGUUUGUAGACCUGCCCUUCACACUUAUGCAUCCCAAUCCAGUGGAAGGCAGUAAAGAAGGCGACAUCAUCAUCGAGGAUUUUGCUCGCAACACCUGCGACGGCAAGAAAGAGGUGGAGGAUGAGGAGGCGGCCGAGGCCGAGGGGUGACGUCACACCCCCCCCCGUCACGUGACCCCCCCUCCACGUGCUUCGUCAGGACGGCGGUUGGGUUGCCCGUGUGUCGUCACAAUCGAGCCAGCCGUCGAUCAUCAUUAUCUCUGGAGACAAGUCAGCGCAAAGCAAUCACGCGUAUUAUUGUUGUUGUUGUCAUGAAUUAGGAAGCUUAGAUUGUAUUAUUAUUCCGCUGGUGUACUAGGGAAGCCAAGCUGUGUGUGGUAGAGGGCGAUGUUACUGCUGCUGCUGUGACUGUGUGUGAUGUCGCCAUUGAUUAGCUAGCAGGUCAAGCUUUCAGCAUUGGGGGUGUUAUUGGUCAAAAUCACGCAGACGCUGUGUGGAGAACCCGGAGAAAACCCGUGCAGCAGAACAGGGGGGAGGUAGGGGAGGGAACGUACAGACUCCACACAUGAUGGGCGUCAGUCGGGAGUUGAACCCAGGCCCUUCUGGCUUUUCAAUUUCCUCCUGCUACCACGGUUACCGCUGCCGUCAGCUGCUUUACGUAUCGAGAUGCACGCCCAUGUUGAGGUGUGGGGCUGUAGCAGGCGGGUGGCCUCACCUCUGCCGUGUUCGUCCGUCAAUCCUGCAGGUCACAGCUGGUCACUCACCUCGCAGACUCACUCACUCACACACAGACACUCACUCAUCGGCUCACUCACUCAGCCACUAUACUGCAAGUCACAAUAACUCACAGAGUCACUCACACACGGACACUCACUCAUCGGCUCUCUCACUCAGCCACCAUACUGCAAUUCACAAUAACUCAGACUCACUCACUCACACACAGACACUCACUCAUCGGCUCACUCACUCAGCCACCAUACUGCAAGUCACAAUAACUCACAGAGUCACUCACUCACACACGGACACUCACUCAUCGGCUCACUCACUCAGCCACCAUACUGCAAGUCACAAUAACUCACAGAGUCACUCACUCACUCACACACGGACACUCACUCAUCGGCUCACUCACUCAGCCACCAUACUGCAAGUCACAAUAACUCACAGAGUCACUCACUCACUCACACACGGACACUCACUCAUCGGCUCACUCACUCAGCCACCAACCAUACUGCAAGUCACAAUAACUCACAGAGUCACUCACUCACCCACUCACCCCUUAGUUCUGCAACUGUGAUUACCAAAACAAAAAUGAAAGUACAGCAUCGCACGUGGUAUCAUCCCAGUAACACGUGCUCCAACUCUCACUAAGACUGCGUCCCCGAUGUCGCCGCUACGUGUGUGUGUGUUAGAGAGUCUUAGACCGCAGGGCGUGGACUCCCGCUGUAGCUACGUUACACUGUGGGUACAAAUAAAUGAAUAAACACAUUGUCCUGCGGAGGGAGCUGGUGGGAACGUUGGGUUGCUCGGUCAAUGGCCAGGGUCAACGGCGGCGUGGUGUAUUCCGCAAAUAUGGCCGACUGUGAGGGCGGGCACAAGCUGGCGUGAGUAGGUUAAACGUUGAGUUUUAUAAGGGCACCACGGGGUGACCAGCCCCUCCCCUCCCCACCCAGCUCCUCCCCACCCAGCCCCUCCCCACCCUCCCCACCCUCCCCUCCCCACCCAGCCCCUCCCCACCCAGCCCCUCCCCACCAUCCCCUCUCCACCCAGCCCCACCCUUCCCAUUUUUGGAUGCACGACGGACGGACGGACACAAUAAUCCCCUGUGGGCUGGUGGAACCAGGUGGUUCUUACCAGUAACAGUGGCGCUAUAACAACUAAUGAUGUCGCUGUUAAGGGCUGGACUGUGGUCUGUGCAGUGGCUGAUUUUUCUCAGGUACGUGCGCGUAUUUCCCGAUUUGUAACGCAGCGCUAACGUGGCGAAGGGCACGAGUUCGCGAGUGGCUGUUAUUCGUAUCGGCUGGGGUUUACUAUCAAUUACAGGGAUUCCUCUAACUUACGAGAAUUCGACUUACGAACUUUCAGAGAUACGAACAAAGCUGGUCCGUAUGUCCAGUUGCCUGUUCGGACCGAGAGCCGUAAGUGGUGGCAUCCACAUCUGAAGAACAUUAAAAACCGGUGGCAUCUACAUCUCCAGGAGAUUAUGGAACUUUUUAAAGCCAUUCCCCGUGUUUAGUGCACACCGUGUUGGAAAUCGACAGAAGUAAAGUUGGACUUACGAACACAUCGACUUACGGGCAGAACAUCUUGAACCUAACUAGUUCACAAAUAGAGGAGUCCCUAUACUGCUUAAUGCUUUGAAUUAAAGAUCAACCUGCUGAA